GCAAAUAGGGAAAUGGAAUGACUAAAAAUAUACUCAGAGCAAAAGCCCUUAUAGAUCGGAAGAAAAUCAGAAUGCCGUAUUACUUUCCUCCAUAUGGCAUCUUCUUCUUUACCUCCCAAGAAGAAAAACAACAACCGCUAUAUACUUUCAACAAUUUUCCUUCUCCUUUUGUUCCUUUCAAGUCUCUUCUAUUUCAGCAAAAGAGCUCUUGAACCUAAACUUUCUCUUUACAGAGACGUCCUUUCUCAAUCCCCUUCACUAUUUUCUCCAAGAUUUGCUGAUACUGAACUUCUUGAUAAUACACUAACAACUCCAUUUGGUGAUACCAAAGUCCUAAAGGCAAAAUCUGAGACACCCAUUUUGUCAAAAUCUGAUUUUGAUGAUAGUUUGGAUCAGAAAGUAACACCAAUUCCAUCAGAAUCUAAAGGCACUGAAGGCUUAAAAGCUUCUAAGGAAACACCAAUUUCUGAUAAUUUAGUUGAGAAAAGCUCAGCACCUGUUUAUGAGGAUGCAUCGAAUGCAACAACAAAACAAGUGGUUGAUUCUGCAAGAAAUGAGGAGAAGUUGGUUGACUCUGAUUUUAAAGUAGGAGGACAGAGUUGUGAUCUUUACAAGGGAAGAUGGGUGAAAGAUGAGAAGCACCCAAUAUAUAAGGCAGGGUCUUGCCCUUAUGUUGAUGAGGCUUUUGAUUGCCAGAGCAAUGGUAGGCCUGACUCACAGUAUCUUAAUUGGAGAUGGAAGCCACAUGGAUGUGAUCUUCCUAGGUUUAGUGCAACAGAUUUUUUGAAGAGAUUGAAAGGAAAGAAGCUGAUGUUGGUUGGAGACUCAAUGAACCGGAACCAGUUUGAAUCUCUCCUUUGCCUUCUUCGUGAAGGCCUCGUUAAUAAGAGUAAAAUGUACGAGAUCCAUGGAUAUAAGAUAACAAAAGGAAGAGGCUACUAUGUUUUCAAAUUUGAGGAUUAUAACUGCACAGUAGAAUUCGUGCGCUCUCAUUUCCUUGUUAGAGAAGGAGUACGUACCAAUGCUCAAGGGAACUCGAAUCCAACUCUAUCAAUAGAUCGCAUCGACAAAUCAUCUAACCGUUGGAAGAAAGCUGACAUUGUGGUCUUCAAUACGGGGCAUUGGUGGACACAUGGAAAGACUGCCAGAGGGAAAAAUUACUACAAAGAAGGUGAUCAUGUUUACCCUAAAUUUGAUGCCGUUGAAGCUUACAGGAGAGCGUUGAAGACGUGGGCUAAGUGGAUUGAUGAAAAUAUGAGUCAUGAAAAGUUGAUUAUAUAUCGUGGAUACUCUUCAGCUCACUUCAGAGGCGGAGAUUGGGAUUCAGGUGGCUCCUGUAAUAAAGAGAGUGAACCUGUUUCGACUGGGGCCAUCCUUGGUAACUACCCUAUGAAAAUGAAGAUUGUCGAGGAGGUAAUCAAGGAAAUGCAGCUUCCUGUUGUCCUCUUGAAUGUAACACAGUUAACAAAUUUUCGCAAGGAUGGGCACCCAUCAGUAUAUGGGAGGGUUGCUAGUAAUGGUAGAAAGGUGAAGCAAGAUUGUAGCCAUUGGUGUCUCCCCGGAGUCCCUGAUGCAUGGAAUGAGCUAAUCUAUGCCACUUUGGUCUUGCAACAACAAUCGUCUGUCAACCAACAGUAAGCUUAGCAUUUUCAUCCUCCGAUUCUUGAACAAGCAGGUGAUUCAAAACUCCCCCAAGGGAGGACAUCACAGGCUGAUCAGACUGUUUUCAGUACAACAACUACUACGUCAAAUCCCAACAAGAGUUGUGCCAACAACCUAAUCCAAAUCCUAUUAUGUUUUUUAAUUAAGUUGUAAACCGUAUCCAUUUUUCUAUGUUAUAUCAUAUAUGCAAGGGUUGAGAUAUGAAGGCAAGUGAAGAGCAUCUUUUUUCAA